UGCAAAUCAGCAUCACGCCAAUUCACGUGGCCUAACAAGACUAUGGCUUCUCGUCUUUUGAUUUUUUCCCUUGGUGCCCUCGCGGUCUUAGGAUUUUGUAAUGCUGGAGGACAUGGAGGGGGAGAAAAGAAAGUGAUAAUCCACGUCCCAUACAAAGUGAAACACAUCCACCACACGCACACCGUCUACAAACACGUGGGUGGACACGGCGGCGGCGGUGGCGACCACGAGUUCUAUAAAGUUAUAGGAUACUCGGGCGGCAUCGACGACGGUGAAGUUGUGUCCCACGGUCACGGAGGCGGUGGCGGCGGUGGUGGUCACGGUGGAUGGGAAGGCGGAUUCGGGGGAGGCUUCGGAGGCGGCCACGCGUCCGUUGAAUCGCACGGCGCUGACAUUGGCGGCGGUCACGGCGGUGAUUUCGGACAUUCCGGAGGUGGUAUUGGGGGCGGUCACGGUUUGGCUCUUGGCAUUGAAGUAGGAGGCCACCAAGGAGGCAGCCACGAAGUCGGAGGCGGACACGGUUUUGGAGGAAGCGAGGCUGGUUACGGAGACUCCGGAAUCGGUGGAGGACACGGAGCAGGGUUUGAAGGCGGUUACGGAGGCGGGGAUGUAGGAGGCGGUUACAAUGCCAUCUCCAACGAAGGAAGCCACGACUUCGGCGGUGGUUACAGUUCGGGUGGUGACGAAGGUUACGGAGGCGGCGGUGACGAAGCCCACAAGGGUUACGAUUAAGUUAAACUAUUAGGUUUUGCUGUUUAAUUUAUUGUUGUCUUUUACCUGCUGUACCUUCAUUUCUACAAAUGUACAACUAGUCCUCUACCUGUUUUUUAUUUAGUUUUUAAGCUCUUUAAGUAUUGUUAAUUUUGUUUUUUAUUGUUUUUUAAUAAAAAGUUAA